AUGGACCCCAAGGAGCGGCGGCAGCGGUCGCUGAGCCGCAGCCGGCACGCCGCCGAGCUGCAGUUCGCCGCGCCCGCACCGGAUGCCGACGAGGCCCGCGUGCCCACGCAGAAGAGCUACAGCUCCAGCGAGACACUCAAGGCCUUCGACCACGAUGGCCGCCUGAACUACGGAGGCUGCGUGGCCGAGCUGGUGCACCACGAGUUGGACGAGUUCUCUCGGCAAGGAGGGGGGAACUUUGCCCUGGCGGAGCUGGGGAUCUGCGAGACCACCCCGCACCCGGCCACGUACUGCCCAGACCUGGGCCUGUUGCACCGCGGCUACCCCCCGAGCGCGGGCUCCGACGCCGACUCGGACCCCGAGGGCUCCAUCUCCCCGGAGCAAGCCAUGGGGCUGUGGGGAACACGCGGCGUCAAGUCCCGCCGGAGCUCCGGCCUCUCCAGCCGCGAGAACUCCGCCCUGACCCUCACCGACUCGGAGAACGACAACAAGUCCGACGAGGAGUCAGGUCGCCCUCUCCCUCCCUCCGCUGCCACCUCCAGCCUCCUGCCCCCUGCCCCAUCCCCGCCUGCCCAGCCUUCCAUCAGGGAGUGCCAGGUGCCCCUGCUGAACAGCUCGUCCCACACCAUGCUGGAGCCCCACCCAGAGGACCAGAUCUCCCCCAACUCCUACCUGCUUCGGGCCCAGCCCACCACGGGCGCUCCCAACCACCACGGCCAGGCCACCCUGCGUCCCCCACUGCCCCCGGCGCACGGCGGCCAGCCCCUGAUCCACCACCAGUCGUCGGCCAACUCGCUGAACCGCGGUACGCUGGGGGCUCGCCGCAGCACCGCCCACCCGCCUCCCACCGCCCCCGCGGACGGCCCAGCCACGCCCGAGUCCGUGCAGCUGCAGGACAGCUGGAUGCUGAACAGCAACGUGCCGCUGGAGACCAGGCACUUCCUGUUUAAGACCUCGUCGGGCACCACGCCCCUCUUCAGCAGCUCAACACCGGGUUACCCUUUGACCUCGGGCACGGUGUACACGCCCCCGCCGCGGCUCCUACCCAGAAACACCUUCUCCCGGAGCGCCUUUAAACUAAAGAAGCCGUCCAAGUACUGCAGCUGGAAGUGCGCGGCCAUGACCGCUAUCAGUGCUGCCACCCUGCUGGCCAUCCUGCUCUCCUACUUUGUCGCCAUGAACCUGUUGGGGCUGAACUGGCAGCUGAAGCCGUUGGAGGGUCCCAUGCUGAGUCAUGGCCUGGGCGCCGGCCUGCCGGCUAGCAGCGACACCGCGGCGGUGCCCCCCAUAGGCAGAGGGGCCGGCACAUUGCGGAACAGCAGCAUCGACACGGGCGACGUGGAGGUGGGCCGACGGGUGACCCAGGAGGUGCCGCCCGGCAUGUUCUGGCGGUCCCUGCUGCACCUCAGCCAGCCGCAGUUCCUGAAGUUCAACAUCUCGCUGGGCAAAGACGCCCUCUUCGGGGUGUACAUCCGCAAAGGCCUGCCCCCGUCCCACGCACAGUAUGACUACAUGGAGCGCUUGGACGGCAAAGAGAAGUGGAGCGUGGUGGAGUCUCCUCGGGAGCGGCGCAGCAUCCAGACGGUGGUCCUCAACGAGGCAGUGUUCGUGCAGUACCUGGACCCGGGGACAUGGCACCUGGCCUUCUACAACGAUGGCAAGGAGAAAGAGCCUGUGUCUUUCAGCACGGCUGUUCUGGACUCGGUGCAGGAGUGUCCCCGCAACUGCCACGGCAACGGGGAGUGCGUGUCAGGAGUGUGCCACUGCUUCCCGGGCUUCCACGGCAUGGACUGCUCGAAAGCUGCCUGCCCUGUGCUGUGCAGUGGGAAUGGGCAGUAUGACAAGGGCGCGUGUAUCUGCUACAGUGGUUGGAAGGGUCCUGAAUGUGACGUCCCCGUUCACCAGUGCAUCGACCCUCUGUGUGGGGGCCACGGAACCUGCACUGAGGGCACAUGCGCCUGCUCGCUGGGCUACAAGGGUCAUAACUGCGCCGAAGUAGACUGCCUGGACCCAACCUGCUCCGGUAACGGCAUCUGCGUGGGCGGCGAGUGCCACUGUAAGCCCGGCUGGGGCGGUUCCCACUGCGAGCUGCCUCGCGCCCAAUGCCCGGACCAGUGCCACGGCCACGGCGCCUUCGUGCCUGACACAGGCCUCUGCAGCUGUGACGCUAACUGGAUGGGCCCAGACUGCUCCGUGGAGGUGUGCUCCGUGGACUGCGGCACGCACGGCGUGUGCAUGGGCGGCUCCUGCCGGUGUGAGGAGGGCUGGACAGGCGACGUGUGUGACCAGCGCGUGUGCAACCCCCUGUGCGUGAAGCACGGCACCUGCAAAGACGGAAAGUGCGAGUGUCAGCCCGGCUGGAAUGGAGAGCACUGCACCAUCGACUAUUGGAAUGAGGCUGAUGAAGACGGCUGCCCCAACCUGUGCAGUGGAAACGGCCAGUGCACCAUGGGGCAAAACAGCUGGCACUGUGAGUGCAAGACCGGCUGGAGAGGUACAGGCUGCAACGUCGCCAUGGAGACCGCCUGCGCCGACAACAGAGACAACGAAGGAGACGGCCUGACCGACUGCAUGGAUCCGGACUGCUGCAUCCAGAGCCCAUGCCAGAACAGCCCCCUGUGCCGCGGCUCCCGGGACCCCCUGCAGGUGAUCCAACAGAGCCAACUUCCGGCGCAGAGGGUCCGCUCCUUCUACGAGCGCGUGCGCCCGCUGGUGGGCCGCGACAGCACGCACAUCAUCCCGGCGGAGAACCCCUUCAACGCCAGCUUGGCGUCCCUGAUAAGAGGACAGGUGCUGACCACUGAUGGGACCCCGCUGGUGGGGGUUAACGUCUCCUUUGUCAAGUACCCGCACUAUGGAUACACCCUCACGCGGCAGGACGGAACCUUCGACCUCGUGGCCAACGGCGGCGCCUCUGUGACGCUGCACUUGGAGCGGGCGCCGUUCCUGAGCCAGGAGCGCACCGUGUGGCUGCCCUGGAACCGCUUCUACGCCAUGGACACGCUCGUCAUGAAGACGGAGGAGAACACCAUCCCGGGCUGCGACCUGAGCGGCUUCGCCCGACCCGACCCAGUCGUGGUUCCCUCGCCACUGUCCUCCUUCUACAGCUCCAGGCCCGGCGAGAGGGCCAUCGUGCCCGAGACCCAGGUCCUCCACGAGCAGAUCGAGAUCCCGGGCACCCGCCUGAAGCUGCGCCACCUGAGCUCGCGGGCGGCAGGUUACCGCGCACUGCUCAAGAUCACCAUGACCCAGGCGGUCGUGCCCCUCAGCCUGGCCAAGGUGCACCUGAUGGUGGCCGUGGAGGGCCACCUCUUCCAGAAGUGGUUCCACGCCUCGCCCAACCUGGCCUACACCUUCGUCUGGGACAAGACCGACGCCUACAGCCAGCGCGUCUACGGCCUGUCCGAGGCUGUGGUCUCUGUGGGCUACGAGUAUGAGACGUGUCCUAGCCUGGUACUGUGGGAGAAGAGGACAGUUCUGCUGCAGGGAUAUGAGCUGGAGCCCUCCAAUCUCGGCGGCUGGUCCCUGGACAAACAUCACAUCCUCAACUUGCGCAGUAGCAUCCUCCAUAAGGGCAGCGGGGAGAACAUCUUCGUCUCCCGGCAACCGCCGGUGAUCACCAGCGUGAUGGGGAACGGGCGACGACGGAGCAUCUCGUGCCCGAGCUGCAACGGGCUGGCCGACGGGAACAAGCUAUUGGCCCCAGUGGCGCUGGCUGCAGGCGUGGACGGCAGCCUCUAUGUGGGCGACCUGAACUUCGUGCGCAGGGUUUACCCAUCGCUCAACACCACCCGCGUGCUGGAGCUCAGGAACAAGGAUUUCCGACACAGCAACAACCCGACGCACAAGUACUUCAUGGCCGUGGACCCCGUGACGGGGGCCCUGUACAUCUCCGACACCAACUCGCGGCGGAUCUACCGGGCGCGCUCGCUGACCGGCGGACGGCUGCUGGCGGACAACGCUGAAGUGGUGGCAGGCACAGGCGAGCAGUGCCUGCCCUUCGACGAGCACUGCGGGGACGGCAGCAAGGCGGUAGACGCCACCCUCAUGAGCCCGAAAGGCAUCGCAGUGGACAAGAACGGGCUGAUGUAUUUCGUGGACGCCACCAUGAUCCGGAAGGUGGACCAGAACGGCAUCAUCUCCACCCUGCUGGGCGCCAACGACCUCACGGCCGUCCGGCCACUCAGCUGUGAUGCCGGCAUGGACAUCAGUCAGGUGCGUCUGGAGUGGCCUACCGACCUGGCGGUGAACCCCAUGGACAAUUCGCUCUACGUGCUGGAAAAUAACGUGAUCCUGCGCAUCACCGAGAACCACCAGGUCAGCAUCAUCGCUGGGCGGCCCAUGCACUGCCAGGUUCCGGGCAUUGACUACUCGCUCAGCCGGCUGGCCAUCCACUCGGCGCUGGAGAGCGCCACGGCCAUCGCCGUCUCCCACUCCGGCGUGCUCUACAUCGCCGAGACGGACGAGAAGAAGAUCAACCGCGUGCGGCAGGUGAGCGCCGACGGCGAGAUCUCACUGCUGGCCGGCGCCGCGUCCGAGUGCGACUGCAAGAACGACGUGAACUGCAACUGCUUCUCGGGCGACGACGGUUACGCCUCGGACGCCGGCCUCAACUCGCCGGCCUCGCUGGCCGUGGCGCCAGACGGCACGCUCUUCGUGGCGGACCUCAACAACAUCCGGAUCCGCGCCGUGCGCACCAACGGCCCCGGGCUAAGCCCGACGGGCCACUACGAGGUGGCGUCACCACGCGAGCAGGAGCUCUACGUCUUCAGUGAGGAGGGCCUCCACCUGCGGACCAUCAGCCUGGUCAGCGGGAUGGCCCUCUACAACUUCAGCUACGGGCCCGACGGGGAGCUCGCCUCCCUGGUGGACAAUAGCAACGUCACGCUGAGGAUAAAGAGGGAGGGCAACAGCCAGGGCGGCGCCGGCCUGCUCAGGCUCCUCCUCCUGCCCGAGAACCAGGUGGUGACCCUGGGGCUGGACCCGUCCAGGAACCUGCGUUCAGUGUCCGCCCUGGGCCAGGAGAUCGCGCAGCUCACUUACAGCGGCAGCGCAGGACUGCUCGCCAGCAAGGCCGACGAGACAGGCUGGACUACGUUUUACGAGUAUGACAGCGAAGGGAGACUAACCAACGUGACCUAUCCAACCGGCAUGGUGACCAGCCUGCACCGAGAGAUCGAGAAGUCCAUCAACGUUGACAUUGAGAGCUCAAACAGGGACGACGACGUCACCGUUAUCACCAAUCUGUCAUCGGUCGAGGCCUCUUACACUGUUGUGCAAGACCAAGUGCGAAACAGCUACCAGCUGUGCAGCAACGGAACUUUGAGAGUGACGCACGCCAACGGGAUGGGCAUCAGCUUCCACACGGAGCCUCACAUCCUGGCCGGCUCAGUGAGCCCCACCAUCGGCCGGAGGAACAUCACCCUGCCCACCGACAACGGCCUCAACUCCAUAGAGUGGCGGCUGCGCAAGGAGGUGACGAAGGGCAAGGUCACCGUGUUCGGCAGGAAGCUAAGGGCCCACGGGCGCAACCUGCUCUCCAUCGACUUCGACCGCAACACGCGGACAGAGAAGAUCUACGACGACCACAGGAAGUUCACGCUGCGCAUCACGUACGACGCCCAGGGCCGGCCCGCCAUCUGGCAGCCCAGCAGCACUCUGGCCGUGGUCAACGUGUCCUACUCGGGCGCGGGCCAGCUGGUGGGUCUCCACCGCGGCAGCAUGAGUGAGCGGACCGAGUUCGACGCGCGUGGGCGCAUCCUCUCGCGCUCCUUCGUCGACGGCAAGGUGUGGAGCUACAGUUACCUGGACAAGUCGAUGGUGCUCCUUCUGCAGAGUCAGAGGCAGUACAUCUUUGAGUUCGACUCCUCCGACCGCAUCACCGCGGUAACCAUGCCCAGCGUGGCCCGCCACACCAUGUUCACGCACGUCUCCGUCGGCUACAUCCGCAACACCUACAACCCCCCCGAGAGCAACGCCUCCGUCAUCCACGACUUCAGCGAGGACGGCCGGCCGCAGGCCACGUACUUCCUGGGCACGGGCCGCCGCGUCCUCUACAAGUACGGCAAGCUGGGCAAGCUGUCGGAGAUCUUGUACGAUGGCACGGCGGUCACGUUCGGCUACGACGAGACGGCCGGCGUGCUGAAGAUGGUAAACCUGCAGAGCGGCGGCUUCUCCUGCACCAUCCGCUACCGCAAGAUGGGCCCCCUGGUGGACAAGCAGAUGUACCGCUUCUCGGAGGAGGGCAUGGUGAACGCCCGCUUCGACUACACCUACCACGACAACAGCUUCCGUGUGGCCAGCAUGAAGCCUGUGAUCAGCGAGACGCCACUGCCCGUGGACCUGUACCGCUACGACGAGAUCUCCGGCAAGGUGGAGCACUUCGGCAAGUUCGGCGUCAUCUACUACGACAUCAACCAGAUCAUCACCACGGCGGUGAUGACGCUGAGCAAGCACUUUGACGCGCACGGGCGCAUCAAGGAGGUGCAGUACGAGAUCUUCCGCUCGCUCAUGUACUGGAUGACGGUGCAGUACGACGGCAUGGGCCGCGUGAUCAAGCGCGAGCUGAAGAUCGGCCCCUACGCCAACACCACGCAGUACCGCUACGAGUACGAUGGCGACGGGCAGCUGAGCGGCGUCAAGGUCAAUGACUGGUCCACGUGGCGCUACAGCUACGACCUCAACGGCAACCUGCAUUUGCUGAACCCGGGCAACAGCGCGCGGCUCACGCCGCUCCGCUAUGACCUGCGUGACCGCGUCACCCGCCUGGGUGACAUACAGUACCGCCUGGAUGAGGACGGCUUCCUCAGCCAGCGCGGCACCGACGUCUUCGACUACAACUCCAAGGGCCAGCUGGCGCGCGCCUACAGCCGGGCGGCUGGCGGCUGGAGCGUGCAGUACCGCUACGACGGCCUGGGCCGCAGGGUGUCUGCCAAGAACAGCCUGGGCCAGCACCUGCAGUUCUUCUACGCCGACCUGAGCAACCCCGUGCGCGUCACGCACGUGUUCAACCACUCCAGCUCGGAGAUCGCCUCGCUGUACUACGACUUGCAGGGCCAUCUGUUCGCCAUGGAGGUGAGCAGCGGGGAGGAGUACUACAUCGCCUCCGACAACACCGGAACGCCACUCGCCGUCUUCAGCAGCAACGGGCAGAUGAUCAAGCAGGUGCAGUACACGGCGUACGGCGAGGUGUACCACGACUCCAACCCCGAGUUCCAGCUGGUCGUCGGCUUCCACGGCGGCCUCUACGAUCCGCUGACCAAGCUGGUGCACUUCACGCAGAGAGACUACGACGUGCUAGCCGCCCGGUGGACGUCACCGGACUACGCGCUGUGGCAGAAGAUCGGCAAGGACCUGGCGCCGUUCAACCUGUACGUGUUCAAGAACAACAACCCUCUCAGCGACAUGCUGGACGUGAAGAAUUACGUGACGGACGUGAAGAGCUGGCUGGUGAUGUUCGGCUUCCAGCUCAGUAACAUCAUCCCUGGCUUCCCAAAGCACACGCUGUAUUUCGUGGACCCGCCGUACGAGCUCCUCAGCAGCCAGGAGUGUGAAAACGGCCAGCUGUUGACUGGAGUUCAGCAAGAGGCGGAGAGGCACAAUCAGGCCUUCAUGGCUCUGGAGGGCCAGCUGCUGGUCAAGGAUCGUCGGGCCAGGCAUGAGAAGCAAGGCCACUGGUUUGGCACUGUCACGCCAAUCAUCGGCCGCGGGGUGAUGUUCGCUGUGAAGGAAGGCCGCGUGGUGACGGGGGUCUCCAGCGUGGCCAGCGACGACAGCAGGAAGGCGGCGCUGGUGCUCAAUGGCGCCACCUACCUGGAGGGCACGCGCCACACGCAGGACGGCCGCGACUGCCACUUCUUCGUGAAGAUCGGCUCGGCUGACGCCGACCUGCUGGCGCUGGGGCUCACCAACGGGCGCAGGGCGCUGGAGAGCGGCGUCAACGUCACGGUGAGCGGGCGCACGCGGCGUGGCGUCGCCGUGGAGUUCCGCACGGCGGCGCUGUCGCUGAGCGUGCGCUAUGGGCUGGGGGCCGACGUGCUGGACGAGGAGCGUGCCCGCCUGCAGGAGCUGGCCAGGCAGCGAGCUCUGGCCAGCGCUUGGCUGCGGGAGCAGCAGAGGGCCCGGGACGGUAGGGAAGGCAGCCGCCUGUGGACCGAAGGGGAAAAACAACAGCUGCUCUCCACGGGGAAGGUGCAGGGCUACGAUGGGUACUACAUCCUGCCCGUGGAGCAGUACCCUGAACUGGCAGACAGCAGCACCAACAUCCAGUUCCUGAGACAGAAUGAGAUGGGGAAGAGGUAACAGAACAAUGGUUUCUUUUUUUUUUUUUUUGGUCUGUUUUAUUUCCCACCUUUUCUCUAGAUUUUUCUUUUUCUUUGCAAACCCCCCCCCCCCACACCCCCUGGGUUUCGUACACCUGUUCUCCUCUUUCCUAAAUCUCCUUUACCCAUGGAGAAUAAACAAACUUAAAGGGUAACUCUGAACGCUGCAGGGACUUUUAAAAAGAACAUUAUUAAUACUGCCACUGGCAAAAAAAAACAAUUUGAAAGAACUUUGUUUUUGAACAAUGGAAAAAGCACUGAUAGACCACAAACGGAACAGCUGUUGCUGAAACAUGAAAAAUCCCCUUUUUAAAAAAGAGUAGCUAUUUUUCACCCAUAUUUUUGGGUUACGUGAGAAUGCUGGCGCCAGAUGCUCCCCCGUGCUCCCAUGUGAUGUGGAUCAAUUGGAGAAGGGAACCCAGGCGAAACUUCGGCACUUCGGAGGCGUCUCUACGAGGCGGAGCAGCACCCUCAUGCUUCGCUUUCUCUGCGACAACACCGCUGUCUGUGGCUGCAAGCGCCAUCCACCACACCCUGCUUUGAGUUCGGUGGAAAAAAACAAACAACUCCAACAAACUGUUUUUUUGUUUUUCUUUUUGGUUUUUUUUUUAAGAAAUUUUAAAAAAAAACAAAAAAAAAACACACACACACCCACAUGGCUAUAUUUGCGUAAAGUUAAUGUCCAACAUAGAUUUGUUUUAUCAGUGGAAGAUUAGAAUAAUAUCAACGUCAUGUCAGAUAACACUGAAGUUCUGGGUGGGCUUUAAAUGCAGGAGUUUUGUAACUCUCAGUUGCAGAAUAAUGAGACUCUCACCGGGGCACUUCUGUACAGGAGAAUUGGAAACAAAAUAAAAGCUCACGCUGUUAUGAUUAAAGGUUUAUUUAUUUUCAUUUUGUUAUUUAUUUAUUUAUUUAUUUGUUAUUCUUAGUACUCUAUGACAAUCAUGAAGGAGUCACCAUUUUUAGCUAAUAAAAUGAACACUGGCAUAUUCUUUUGUAAAAUAUGUAAGAAAUGUUCAUUGUUUUUAUAUUAAUUUUGAUUUGCUUAAGCAAAUUAUAGUCAUAGACAACAAUGAUUUAUGUAAAGUGUUUUAAAAUGGUUUAUACUUUAAAUAAAGUUUAAAACUGUGAAAUUUGUUUUUCAAAAUAUAUCUGUAUGUACAGUGUAUAGAUUUACCUUUAUGCAGCACAGUAGAAUAUUGUUCAUAAUAUCAAGUUUUAUAUUUCUAACAAGAAGUGGCUUGUAAUGUGCAAACCUAUAGCUGGUAUAAUGAUGCUAGGAUGUGACACUCAGAUAUCUCAGAUAAACAAUAUUGAUCCCCAGUUUGAUGUUUUGUUUGUUUAGGUUUGUUUUAUGCAGAAAAGUUGCUGUACUAGAACCCAAAACCGUAGAAAUGGAUUCUAUCCACUGUGAAGAGACUCAUUAUGGAUGUCAUGUACCAAAUCAGUAUUGAGGGUUUCUUACACUUAAGCAGGACUCUUCUGAGACCUUAUCAAUAAAAGGUUUACUUCA